GUACAACAUUCUCUUGAAAGGGAUAGUCUUGAUAGCGUUCCAGUAAUUUAAGGCAAUUAUGGGUUUCGUUCACCAAUAUCCCUUUCUUUUUAUACUGCUAAUUCUUCCGUGUUCAGUAAUAUAAAAUGUUUGUUUAGAACACUGUUUCAAUCAUAAUCGCAACUCUUUGGAAGAGUACAGUACAACAGUUUGGACUAGAUAUUCCGACAAAAUAAUGGCGUUUUUAAAAAUGUGUUUAUUAAUUGGCUCACUAGUUGCGGUUACACAAGGCAAAGAAACGGAGAAGAGGAGUGCAUCUGGAUGGGAUGUAGCCAGUUUGAUACCCGUUGGUAGUUUAGUUCAAGUGACCUCUGUAAGCGGUCAUCAAGUUAGUGAUUCCAGUUCUGACGUGGCUGGCGCCAUUGCUGCAGCGAAGGCAGCAUCAGCAGCAGUAAUGACAGCCCAGCGUCAAGUCGCAGCAGCUAAACACGCUGCCCUUGAACAACAACGAGCGGCCAGCGCGAAAGAGGCAGAAGCGGCACACGCCGCUCAUAAAAGCGAAGAAGCUGCUAGAAUAGCUCGUGCGCACGCGUUGGAGGCGGCGCAAGCAGCUGUUCACGCGCAGGCUCAGCUGGCGUCGGCGAAGGCACGCGCAGCUGCAGCUCAAAAGAUCGCGGCAGCGCGGGAAGCGGCCGCAGCGAAAGCGAUACAACGCGCUGCUAACAAUCAAGCUGCUAGAUUACAGAGCGCUGAUCUUGAGGCACUGAAGCUGUCAGUGUUGCAAAGUUCGGGAGCGGCUGGCGCGGCGGGUGCAGCUCAGCAUGCUGCCUCAGCUGCCGCAGCAGCUUUGCGUCCAUCUUGGAACCCUGAAUGGCAAACCUCUGGCUGGAAUCCUUCGGGAACUUGGGCAUGGGCUUGAUUAAAAUUCACCGUUAAUUUCUUAUUCGAGCGGAUCAUGUCCAUACCUAUUGUCCAGUUAAUAUUGAAUUUCAAUGUUUGUGCUUAGAACCUACUUGUAUAUUUAGUGUUAUUACAAUAUUGUAUAGAUUGUUGAACAGGAAAUCGAUUUAGUUGUAAUUCUUUAUCUCGCUUAUGUUAAGAAGAAAUAAAUACAUAUUCAAAUA